UACAUGAAAAAAGUAUGUUUUGUACUUUAUUUCAUUUUGCUGAUUGCUCAUUCGUUUUUGACUAUUUUUAACGUAAAGAUCAAUAUUCCACGCGGUUUCUAGUCAUACAUUAAAUGGAUGUUGUAUGUAUAAUGUAUAGAGACAAAUGUAAAUAUAAGAACUACAGAUAAAACAAGAGGGCUCGAAUAUGUCACAUCGUUGCGAUUAGGCAAUAAGUGUCAAGAAUCAUUCCCCGUUGUCAUUUCUCAAAUGCCAAUUGGUAUUUUGAAUUUUCAAAAAAAAAAACAAUUGUCAUUUAUCUCUGUGUUUAGCUAAGGGAAGAAAAUGCUAUCACUUAAGAUAACAGUUUUCCAAUCAUUUAAGCAGUUUAAUUUAUAUUGAAAUCUGAAUUCAGGAAUAUUAAUUCGUUAAAGGAUUAAAACAAAUUAAAUGUAACAGAAAGUUUGCAUUAAGGAAAAAUGGCAGAUAUUCUAGAUAUCUUAGAUAUAGAACAGCCUAGUGCAUCUGAAAUAACUAAAGAUAGUAUAAUACAUGGUGAUAAAAAUAAGAAAAAGUAUGUUACUGCAAAAGCAGUCCGAAGGCCUGAGGGAAUGCAUCGUGAAGUGUUUGCGUUGCUGUAUAAUGAUAACAAGGAAUUGCCACCUUUAUUGCCUACUGAUACUGGUAAAGCAUACAAACAAAAUAAAGCUAAGCUUGGUAUGCGGAAAGUUAGAAAGUGGGCCUGGGCACCAUUUACAAACCCAGCUCGGAAAGACAAUGCUGUAUUUCAUCACUGGAAAAGAGCUGCAGAUGAAGCUAAAGAAUAUCCUUUUGCACAAUUCAACAAGCAAGUAUCUAUUCCAUCAUACUCUGAAUCAGAGUAUAAUCAAUACUUGAAAUCAGAAGACUGGAGUCAAGCUGAAACUGACCAUUUAAUGGACUUGUGUCAAAGAUUUGAUCUCCGCUUCAUUAUUAUUCAUGAUAGAUGGGACAAAGCUGCUUUUAGAGAUAGAAGUGUUGAAGACUUAAAGGAAAGAUAUUACAACAUUUGUGCAAUUUUGAGUAAGGUCAAAACAAAUCCCUGGUCAAAUACAGUCACAAUGGUGAAUGGUGAAAAGAGAGUGUACCACUAUGAUGCAGACCAUGAAAGAAAGAGGAAGGAACAGUUGAAGAGGCUGUUUGAAAGGACUCAAGAACAAAUUGAUGAAGAACAAAUGCUGUUGACUGAAGUAAAGAAGAUUGAGGCAAGAAAGCGGGAAAGAGAAAGAAAGACACAGGAUCUGCAAAAACUUAUAUCUCGGGCUGACAGUGGAGGCAAUAAUAUAAUCCAAACAAACAUUAAUGAUGGGGCCAAUACUCUGACAAGUGCAUCUAGUAUAGCUAGGCGCCAUGACCGAAAGUUACAUAAAAAAAAAAUAUCAUCACAACAAAGACCUGUUCGCGCUGUUGAAGCAGUGACGGUAGAAUGGGCGGGCAUAAAGUUUCCCGAGGCUCGUGGUACUGGCGUUUGGCUACGCUCUCAGCGUAUGAAGUUACCUCCUGGAAUUGGUCAGAGGAAGACAAAAGCGUUAGAACAGGAAUUGCGUCUUAUGUCUAUAGAUAUCGCACCCACACCUACAGAAGCUAUUUGUAAGCAUUUCAAUGAGUUGCGGUCUGAUUUGGCCCUAGUACUGGAUUUAAAAAAUGCAUUGGCUUCAUGUGAAUUUGAACUGCAAGCACUGCGGCAUCAGUAUGAAGCGCUAAAUCCGGGAAAAACCCUGACAAUACCACCAUCAUUGUGCAAUACCAACACUGAUGGAGAAUCAAAACCUGUUGGUGAAAUAAUUGAUGUCGUAGGCUCACCAAGUACAUUGAAUAACACUAUUUAAGAUACAUGAUACAAUGUUAACUUUAAAAUAUAUUGAAUAUUUUAAAGAAAAAAUUGUUUUCUGGUUCUGAACAAUUGUCUAUAUCAAUUAUAAAACUUAUCAUGAAAAUGUAUUAAUUUUUUGAAGUGACUUAGUAUAAAAAAAUAAAUUAAAAGAAAUAUUGAACUUUCUUUUUUCUAUACAGUAGUAAUGUUUCUGGCUUGCACAUUAUUGCUAAUAGUAUCUUAAAAUGUGAAUAAAUCCUGUAUAUAAAAACAUC